GGCCGGUGAGGCAGCGGCGGCCCCUGCUCCCUCCGCACAUCCGGGCCCCGGCUCCGCCCACCGCCGGCUUUUCCCCCCGCCGGCUGCCGCCCGCCGCCGCCCCGCCGGGCUUCUCCCAUGCGCCUGGCCGCCCGCCGGCCGGCCGCUGGCGUGCGGCGGGGAGCGGCCGGGCUCCGCCUGCGGCCGCCGCCAUGAUGCCGGCCCUGGCCGCCCAGCGGCGGGGCUGCCGCGGCCUCUACCGCCUGUACCUGCGGUGCCGGGCGGCGCCGCUCCCCCGCGCCUGCCACGGAUGGCAAGCUUCAAUGAAAAGUGGGAGCCUGUCUUAUAUUCUACCAUGCAAUCGUCUGCCUGUGCAGUUGAUGAGUCAAGUGAGAGUUUAUACCUCCAGUGGUCAGAAAAAAGAUCUUGGAUCCGAAGGUACAAAUAGAUCAACCCCUGAAGAAACCCUGCGUAAAGUUGGAACAGGACAGGAUACAACCAGUGCAGGUCAAAAGCAGUCUUUCCUUAAAGAGCCAAUCCAAGUAAAAGUGAAAGCAGUCCUUAAAAAGAGAGAGUAUGGACCAAAAUACACACAGAAUAACUUCAUCACUGGAGUCAGAGCAAUAAAUGAGUUUUGUCUUAAGUCCAGUGAUUUAGACCAGCUGAGGAAAAUUAAACGACGAAGCCCCCAUGAUGACACCGAGACUUUCACUGUGUACCUGAGAUCAGAUGUUGAGGCAAAGUCUCUUGAAGUUUGGGGUAGUCCAGAGGCUCUUGCUAGGGAAAGAAAACGACGUAAAGAGGCAGAGAUCAAGUACAGAGAAAAGCUAUUUAGAAAUCAAAGGCUGUUGAGGGAAUACAAGGAGUUCUUUGGAAAUACUAAGCCACGCUCCAGUGCAGCAGCUAUGUUUUUCAAGGGACCAGGGAAGGUCGUAAUGGUAGCUAUUUGCAUGUCUGUGCAGAUAGAAAUGAGAAAUGGGUUGAAUUUUUUCUUUAAGCUACUUGCUUGGGUUUACACUGGUUCUGCAAGUAUGUUUUCAGAAGCCAUACAUUCUUUAGCAGACACAUGUAACCAGGCAUUGCUAGCUUUGGGCAUCAGCCAGUCUGCAAGGACACCUGACCCUAGUCAUCCGUAUGGUUUCACAAACAUGCGUUAUAUUGCCUCCCUGAUUAGUGGGGUGGGCAUUUUCAUGAUGGGUGCAGGACUUUCUUGGUAUCACGGGAUCAUAGGUUUACUCCACCCUCAUCCUAUAGAAUCUCUUCUCUGGGCAUACUGCAUUUUAGCAGGGUCGUUGGUAUCUGAAGGAGCUACCCUUCUUGUUGCUAUAAAUGAGAUUCGCAGGAGUGCUCGAGCCAAGGGUCUGUCAUUUUAUCAAUAUGUUGUGCAGAGUCGUGAUCCUAGUACAAAUGUGGUGUUACUAGAGGAUGCUGCAGCAGUUCUGAGUGUGGCCAUAGCUGCUACCUGCAUGGGUCUGACUUCUUUAACAGGAAACCCUUAUUAUGACAGUGUGGGGUCUCUGGGUGUUGGAACUUUGUUAGGAACUGUGUCAGCAUUUCUAAUCUACACUAACACUGAAGCCCUGCUGGGACGAUCCAUUCAACCUGAACAGCUGCAGCGACUUACUGAGUUACUGGAAAGUGAUCCUGUAGUAAGAGCAAUUCAUGAUGUUAAAGCCACAGACAUGGGAAUGAGCAAAGUGAGAUUCAAGGCAGAAGUAGACUUUGAUGGACGGGUUGUUACUCGUUCUUACCUGGAAAAACAAGACAUUGAACAGCUGCUACAAGAAAUUCAACAAGUGAAAACCCUUGAAGAAUUAGAAGCCUUCAUGCUUAAACAUGGUGAGAAUAUCAUUGACACACUGGGAGCUGAAGUAGACAGACUUGAGAAGGACCUAAAGCAACGAAAUCCUGAUGUUCGUCAUGUGGAUUUGGAGAUACUAUAGACGUGGCAGAAGAAAUCUUCAGAUUAUUGCCAUUUGAGAAAGAAGUCGUGUAAAGGGCUGAAAAAGCUUCUGAAAUUGCAGUGACCUCAGCACCAUACCUCGCUUACUUUUGCUGUAGGCUUCCUGGACUGUUAGCACUGCUUCUGUUUCUGGAAGAGCUCUAGAUUCACAGACAAAAAUUUCCAUGGCAAAAUGAAUUUGAAAAAGCUGCUUGACUUAAAUUCCACAGGAGAGUCUGUCAGAGUAUAUUUACUGCAAUCCAGAACUUAAGACUUGAGGUUUAGUUAGGCAAAUAUAGCUGCCUGAAAAUAUACAACACACUUAGUUUUUCCAUUUGUGUCCCUUUGCAGUCAGUUUGCACUUCUUUAGUUUCUUUCAAGAUAUCAUUCAAGGUUCUUGGGAGAUAUUUAAGAUUAGCUAGGAAGAGUUUGUUCCAGUGGAACCUGCCAACCUUAAACUAAUUGUAAUAUUUCAACUGUGUGAUUGUUUCACAGUUUUUCUUUUUUUAUGAGAUAAGUUCUUUCAAACAGGCACUGGCCUUCUCUCAAGUACCAUGACCUGGAAACCUUCUUUUUGCCACUAUUGUGAUUACCAGCUGCACUUCAGAAAAAUAAGGUUUUUCUCCUCAGUGGCGUCAGCUGUAUGUGGUUAGCCAGAGUAUGUCAACUUACUGUGAAGAAGUUGCUGUGUAGAGAUUUCAGUGAACUUCCUCUGUUUAAAUUUUGUUCUUUUUUCUCUACUUUGACACUUGUUCUCUUAUUUGUAAAUAUCUUCAGAUGUAAUCUGAGAGAUAUUUAUGAUAGUGCUUAUUAAAAGUUACCUGGCAUUUUUGGCUAUUUAUACUUCUAAUAGACUAUAUUGCCAGCUAUGGUCUUUGCUAGAAGGUAUAAGAGAUGUAGUUGGAAGAUAUAAUAGUAAAAAAUGUAUUAGAACUAUUUAUAAUUAAACAAAUGAAUACAUUGUAUUUUUAAUUUAUUUACCUUUAGGCAUUAUCUAUUAUCUGAAUUCUAAACUGCCUACUUUGUGUUUUCUAAGAAUUGACCUGGCUUUUUUGGAAAGUAAAGUAAUUCUAUCAGUGGUCUUCCACAAUCCUGAAAUAAGUCCUUGGAGUUUAUAACUUUGAAAUGUUCAAUUCUACCACUGUAUAUAAUCAGCAUCAAGGCUUUCUGCAAUAGGCACCCAAGUUGUACCGGAUUCUUUGAGACCAGUCUUUAUUAAUAAAGGCCGUGAGUACUGACCAUGCAAGUUGAAAUAGAAGUGAAACAACGGCAUAUAAGUAACUCUGAGGAAAAUCCUUUAUGCACUUUAACAUAGUUAAGUAAAAUGAGAAUUGCUCAUGGGUGAGAGGUGGUAGUAAGACCCUCCUAGUGACUCAGUUGCUGAGUAAUGACUGACUUGCUGAAAGAAUAAUUGUUGAUAUGAAACACAGGUCCUCAAAAAUCAAUUUAAGAUUCAAUUAUAAGUAUUGCAGCAAAUAAAAAUUGUGGAGACCAGUAUGUCCAGAUUUGACUAAAAGCUUUGUAGAAUUUUUUUCAUUUUAGAGUCACUUACCAGUGAAUUAUGAGAAUUUAAAAUAUUUUUGACAACUGCACUUUGCGUGUUGGUCACUUUAAGUCGAAAGACAUUCCAGAGUUUAGUUACAGACAGGACUUCACAUACAGUAAUUGUGGGUGAAGGGGUCUCUUUAGUACCCUUGUCCAUUAUCCCUAUUCACCAGUGGCUUCUUUAUAGCAUAUUAGUUUACUAUGGCUAAUCCAAAAGAAGGUUUACUUUUCUCCUGCUGUAGAACUAGUUAGUAUAUUUAAGCCUGAUGAGUUGAAUUGCAGUUUUAAGGUAAUUUGGAAGUGUACUGUAUCAAGUAAAUAAGGCAUAUUUUAGCACAUUAUAAGGUAUUUACCUUUCUCCUCACCCUUCCAUGUAAACUUAAUCUCAGCUCGGUAUGCACUCUGCUGAUGUUAGCCUUACUCAUGAAGAGCACUGGAAUCUGGUAAUGCAUAACCUCUUUCCUUCUUCCUAGAAUAUUUAUAUGGAUUUUGAAUUUGAAUAAACACUUUAAUAAACCCGUUAUUCCAGAAAUCUUAAAAACCUGAAGAGAAGUAAAAGAGAAAAUGCUCUUACCAGGGAGGUUAGUGGAGACAGCCGGUGUGACCUAAGUGGUUUGUUUGCUGGAAUUACUGAUGAAUGAGUAGUGUCAGUAUGCACUUUGUAGGGCAGAAAUUUCACUGAGAGGUUAGUAAACGUUAUCUCAGUUAAGAGGAGACAUGAGUUUAUAUUCUUACAGGGCAUCUGCUCCAAAAGCCUGUAAGAAUGUUUUUGUAUUUAUCAGGCAUGUAAUUCGUAUGAAUUCAGAUCUUAAUUUCCUUAUAUGAGUCAGAAGCAUCCCAUCCAUACACCUUUUGUUUGUAUUCCAGGAUAAAAUUCAGAUCCUUGUCUCCCAGUUAUGCUGUUGAUUAUAGCAUCACAAUAUGUUAAGUUUAAGAAGCCAGAACUCGAAUGGUUUUGGGUACAUAGCAGUUGCAUAGUUCGCAGACCCAGUUCCAUUUUAAAAAAUGAACUGGAUGGUGAUGUGCCACAAAAAGGCAGGCAGACUGGUUUUGGAGUACCUUGAAAGUUUACGAGUCUUGCAGUUGGAUGAAAAUAUCGAUUAAUUGAGCCUGUCAGGCUGGAAAGGAAAAGUAAUUCCAAGCUGUUACAUUUUAAUAUAUAUUCUAAUUUGCAGAUUGUUUUUAACAAUUUUGACAUUUUUACUGCUGUUUUUUUCUUAACUGUCUUCAUGGUCUAAAACUUGAGGUGAUGUGGGUCCAGUAGUACUUAGUUUACUUUUUAGUGUUUUUGGAGAAAAUGUUUAGCUAAUACAUUUACAUGACAGAAUCCUCAGAAUUAAAAAAAAAAAUAAAUAUAUGGGGGAGUGGAUUUUUUCUUUAUCACAAAUGAAAUUACGUAAUGUUUCUUUUAGAUUGAUUUUAAGGAAAAGGAGUGAGGAUUUGGCUAACAAUAAAGUUAUAUUCUAGGAUUUUUUUCAAUUAAGGUGUGGUCUUUUAAAAUUAUUUUUGUAGACUGGCUUUGCAGGUUCUGUUUUUUCACAUUGUGUUCAAAGUACUACUGUCCUCUGCUUCAUGAAAGAUUGCUUACGUGGUGCACAAUGUCUCAUAAUUCUGUAAAACUUGCAAUGUUUGAAAAAAAUUGUCUUAGUGUUCCAAUAUACUGAGUGAUCUUAAUGUAUUUUAAGUUAAAGUUGGCUGGACACUAACAAUACGUGUUUUCCUGUAGAACUUGUUUUUCCAUAGAAGAUAAAAUUCUGAAUCCCCCAUGAAUCAAUUUCAAGUCUAAAUUUUUGCCUUUAUAUAUUGUGGAAUUAAGUAUUGGACGUAGUGCCCCUCUACCCCUCCACUUUCUAAAGCAUUUAUUAAGCAUAUUGUAGUAGUAAAUACUUCAGUGGAUUACUCUAUUACAGAGACUGUUUGCUGUGUGUUCUGGUCUAGAAGUAGCAGGGACUCAGGCAACAGGAGUACAUAUUUUUUUAAGGACAAGUUGCUUGCUUUAUCCUCUGUGACUCAUACUCGAGCUGAAGGUUUUUUAGCCUCUUCUCCUUCCUUGAACUCACACAGAUAUUUUUCUUUUUUUUUUUUUUUUUUUUCUAAUAACUGACUUCUAGAGAAGGAAGCCAUUAUGAGCAUCUUAUGUUUCUAAUAGCAGGGCUAGAUGUUACUCUUGGUCUCUGGAUUUUGUACUGUACUUCUUGUUCAUUGAUAGUUGACAACAGUGAUUGCUCUUUUGAAAGCUACAAAUCAUGUUAGCCAAAGCUACUAGAGUGUUCUGAUUCUGGCAGGUGUGUUUUUUUCAGCUAUAUCUGGAGACUCAGUUUUUAUUGAGAAAUUUUUACUGGACCCUUUUUGAUAAAGGGGAGUACAGGGAAGAGUUUUAGGUAUGUUUUGUCUAGAUAACUCACUGAUUGCAGUUCUGUGUUCUUCUUACUUGUUACCAUUUUAGCUGACUUAUCUUUUUCCUUAACAAAGAAAAAAUUACACAUUAUGGAAGUACCUCUGCUAAUGAUGAAUGCAUCAAAUACAGGCUUCCUGCAAAGAGUUUUUAGGCUUUUGUAUAUUGAAAGUGUGGCAAUUUUUGAAAAUUGUCAAUUAAGUAAUCCUUUUUCUAAAGCUGAUUUAGGUGUGUUUCUUACAAAAGAACCCACAGAGACAUAUUGUUUAAGAUUUGAAAGAAAAGUAUUUCAUUUUAUGGUCAUAUGUUCUUAAGGCAUUUUGGUUUGGUAGAAUAGAGCAAUUGAUUAAUAUUGACUUCUUUAAACCGAAAAGUUCAAAAACUGAACUUACGUGAAUGCCUAAAGGCUUACAUUGCAGAAUUGAAUAUAAAAUGACUGUGCUUUUUUUUUCUUCUAUCUUAAGUAUUGUGCUGCUUCUGUUCUUAUUGUUAGCUCUGAAUAGAGAGUACAACUAACAUCUCUUUUGCAGUUUCCCUGCUUAAUGUAAAUGAGAAGUAGAAGUGUACCAAAAAGAUUUUUUUGUAGAGGGGUUAUGUAGCUUAAGUAAUUUUUACUUUUUUGUUAGUGAGACACAAAUAAUUAAGAUCAAAAGUAGACUAUAUCUUUAUUACAUAUUAAAAGAAAUAGGAAUUCAAGCUUUAAAGCACAAUAGUCACAUUCUUGAAAUGCAUGUCCUUUGAGGAAAAUAAAAUGUGCCAGGAGCUCGAAGUGGUUGUAUGGACUAUAGAAACUGCAGUCAAUCAGGAUUUGCUGAAGCAAAAGAAAAGAAACCAUAACAAAGUGUGUGGUAAAAAGAAAGGAAUACAAGGAAGGAAAAAAAUGAAGGUGUUGAGCACUCGGGAAUAGGAAAAGACGAACACAAUCUAAAAAAUGUGGCCAGAAAUAAGAAAUGAUGAUGGGAGAGGAAAAGAACAGUAAGAAAUUAUAUUUGAUUAGAAUGCACAAAACUAUGCAGUAUGUCUUUCUUUUAGCAAUAUUCAGAUAGUUGUGUGAUGCCUCCCUCCCACCCCCAGCAAAAACGCAUCUUUUUUUUUUUUUUUUUUUUUUCCUGUGAUGAAAAUCAGUACCUCCAUUUAGCUCUUCCUUAAUAUGACAUUCAGUCUGGCAGGUAUAAACCUAUUUGCCCUCUGAAAACUUAGUCUUGUUGCAAAGGGUGAUGGUGUAAUUUCAGUCUGGAGCUUUGUUGGUGAGGUACGUAUUUGGUGAGUGGAGAGUGAGUAAUUUUAAUUGUGGAAAUGGGAGCUGGAGUGACUUGAAGAGAAAAUGAAUUGAUUCUUUCAGCCAGAAAAUGAUUGAAGCACUAUACUGAAGAUGUUGUGGAAAAAAAAAAAAGGUGCAGUGUUAUCAGGUCUACAGAAUUCUUGCAAUGGACUGUAAUAAUUGGUGAAUGUUAGUCCAUAUUUUUCAAGUUGCUUAAAUGUCUGUGGAUAAGCAAGAUUUCUACUUAAAUCAUCACAUUCUGAAAAGGAGUUAAAGAAAACGUAAUGUGAAAAGGAUGUACAUUUUUUAAAUACCACAGACAGCCACUAUAACAGAUUAUAACACAUAGGCAGAAAAUUGUCAUUCUAUCCUUUAUUACAUGAGGCUCUUGAGGACAAGUUUUUCUGUGUAAAUCAAAGCCGCCAAUUAAAAUAAAAUGUCUUGGUUACUUUUUAUAAGUGUUACACUAAUAGUAAGCCUGGUCAAAUUUUUGUAUUGCUAGCGCUCCUAGGGCUGUUAUGGGGAGAAGGUGUCUGUUAAAAUAGUGGAAUACAGCUCCACACUCUAGGAUACAUUUGAUUUUUGUCACCUAAAUUUAACCUGUAUUUAAAACUUGAGGUUGUGAUCAGCUGCUUCAAAUCUGAAGAUGAAAAAAAAAAAAAAAAAGAUGUUGUAUAAAUGAUGUAAUAUAAAGUUUUUUUGGUAAGUUUCUCUUCAAGUUAAAGAUGCUGAAGAACUAUGUGAGAAGAAACACUUGGAAAAUGCUUAAAGCAUUUGGAAAGCAUUUUGGCUAUUGCCAAAAUUGUAUUAUAUCUGAAAGUCAAUGGUGAGGAUUUUGACUGGUGGUAGAACUUUCAAAGGGCAAUCUCAAAGUAUGAAGUAUGUUUUUCCAUGCAGCCUUUUAGUCAAAUGUAUUUCUUUCCCCCAUCCCCCAGUGUUUUUUGUUGUUUUGGCUUUUGCAUUCUGUGUCUUGGUUACUUCCUAUUAGUGUGGGGAAGUAAUUUUGAUUUGUGAGGUGCAGACAUUGAAAUAUUUCUCCGCAUAUGUUCUUUCUUUUGUAAUUAUACUUGAAUACAGUGCAUCCUGUAAAACGUCUGGAAGUUGUAAUUACUCAGUAAAAUAUUACAUAGCUGGUAAA